UUUUUUAUUUACGCGCAAAGAAAAAACAAGAAAAGGAGCAGUGAAUCUGCACAAUUUAAAUUGAAUGGUAGUGUUCUGUAUUUUCUUGAGAUCUAACAUAGCAAAACUUGGGAUUUUUUUUUCCAGGAAAAUAAGGGGUGAGAUUUCUUGAUUCUUGAGAAAAUUUCCUUGUCGGAAGUUUUUUCGAGAGUGGGCAAUAGACCUGCGAGCACAUAUUAGCGCCCAUCCCCAUCAUACCAUUUCUGGGUUUUGUCUUGUUUCUUCUUUCGUUCUUUGUUGAUCCAAAAUCAAGAAAUGCCAGUUUAUCUUGAACAAGUAAAGACCCAUGUUUUUAAUGGGCUAAAAGGCUCUCACUGAUUUCCAUCGGUUUCAAUGGGUUUUUAGAGUCCUUCCAAAGUCCUCCCGAAAUUUCUCUGCUCAUUUCUCGUCUGAAUUGCUGUUGAUGAAUUGUAAAGCUGUCUGUUGAUAAGUUUUUCAGCCCUUUCCCCAGAGAAUCAUAACGCGAAAUUGCACAAUAACCAUAGUCGUAAUCGUACACUUCUUCCUGACCACCAAUUUGUCAAGUAAAGCUUUUUUUAUCUUUUGGGCUCUGUUAUAAACUUCUUCCUCUUGGCUCUUCAUUGCUCACAUCUACAGUGUUCUCAAAAACAGCUAUAAGCUCUGUUUUGCUCACUUCAAAGAACUCUGUUCUUGCAGUUCGGCUUUCUAACCUUUUCUGGAAGAAAUGGCUAGGUUCUGGAAUGUGUUCACUUUGAGGAACUUGCUGGUGUUAUCUCUAGCCAUCAAUGUGAGCUUCAUGUUGAGGCUGGUGUAUGUGACCGUUGACAUAAAGAGAGAGCACAUGAUGGCAGUUGACCGUUCCCAGAGAGAGGCACUGCCUAUGCAGGGGGCAUAUCUGUCUGUGUCCUCCGCCACCUCGUCACCUUCCUCGGCUACUUUCCCUGACGGAGACAGAGACAGGGCGAUCAAUCUCGACCAUGGUGAUCCCACCAUGUACGAGAGAUUCUGGCAGCAAGAAGGCGACAAGGCCACAAUUGUGAUCCCUGGCUGGCAAUCAAUGAGCUAUUUCUCUGAUAUUGGAAACCUAUGCUGGUUUCUAGAGCCGGAGUUUGCCAGACAGGUGCUCAGACUGCACAAAAUCGUAGGCAAUGCGGUCACUGAGAACCGUCAUAUUGUGGUUGGUACGGGUUCUACUCAGCUAUUUCAAGCUGUGCUAUAUGCACUUGCUUCUCAAGAUUCAGAGGAGCCUGUCAGUGUUGUAUCUGCAGCUCCAUACUACUCUUCUUAUCAGGCAAUAACAGAAUGCCUGAAGUCUGGGCUAUACAAAUGGGAAGGGGAUGCCCGAAGUUUCGCAAAAGAAGGGCGAUUCAUCGAACUAGUGACAUCCCCUAAUAACCCAGAUGGAUUUUUGAGGGAUUCUGUGCUGAAUAGAAGUGGGGGUGUAUUGGUGCACGAUUUUGCUUACUACUGGCCACAAUAUACUCCCAUCACUUCUCCGGCUGACUACGACAUUAUGCUGUUCACCGUCUCCAAAACCACUGGGCAUGCUGGAAUGCGCAUUGGCUGGGCUCUUGUUAAGGAUAGAGAGAUCGCCAAAAGAAUAGUGAAAUACAUCGAGCUCAACAGCAUUGGCGUUUCCAAGGAUUCGCAGCUGCGGGCUGCAAAGGUUUUGAAAGUUGUUUGUGACAGCUGUGAAUCUUCCAGCAAUACAACGGAGUCCCUUUUUGAGUUUGCCUAUCAACUCAUGGUAGAGAGAUGGCAAAACCUGAGGGUGGCGGUGAAACAUAGUGGCAUGUUCAGCUUGCCGGAAUUCUCUCCUGGAUUCUGCAAGUUCACGGGAAGGAUCUUCGAGCCUUUGCCUGCUUUUGCAUGGUUGAAGUGCGAAGAACCUAUUGAAGACUGCGAGAGCUUCCUACGAUCUAACAAGAUCUUGACGAGGGGUGGGAGACACUUCGGAGUUGGCCCGCAAUACGUUAGGAUUAGUUUGCUAGAUCGUGAUGACAACUUUGAUUUGUUUGUGGAGAGAUUGUCCAGCAUUCGCAAGGAUAAUCUCUACCAACACAUGGGGGAGUGAGCAGCAGACUGACUUCCUUUUUUUCUUUUUGUAUUGAAAAUCUAAGAGUGAGGCGGCUAGCAUGGGCCUUCUCGUAUUUGUAAUCUAAUAAAGAGAUUAAUUUGCUCGUUGCGAUGAAAAACACAGAAAUGAAAUCCUCCUGCUGGUUUUCCAACAAUAA